AUGGAGACAGGGCACGAACCUAUUGACGAGCGGGGGUGGACUUUUCAAGAACGUCUUUUAUCUGUCAGGAUCGUCGAGUUCGGGUCCCGGCAAACUAGAUGGAGCUGUCAAGAACCAAUUCCGUCAAUCACCGGGAACGACACGCUAUACGGCCUCGACGUCGGUGAGGGUGCAACCGACGGCUGGAGAAAGAUCGCAGAGCCCAAUGACCUCAGGCAGGACUCCUUCAACUGGGGCUCCUGCUCAAAGACUCCAUCCCCGUGGGGCGCACUGGUAGAUAUCUACACCAGCCGUGCUCUGUCCUUCAACACUGAUCGUGCUCUGGCCAUGUCGGGAGUCGCGGAGCGCUUUGCUGUGUUGACUGGCGAUGAAUACGCCGCUGGUCUCUGGAAAAGGAGCAUCCGCGACGAGUUGCUCUGGAGAGUGGAGCAAGAUGAGCGACGAAAUCGGGCGGCGGCCUAUCAGGGGCCUUCGUGGUCGUGGUUCGCAGUUAAUAGUAGUGUGAGAGCAUACGUGGCUUUGGGUGACGGUUGGGAAAUCCCUACGUUCGAAGGCGAUGUGACGGAUGCGACGGAGGUCUACCACGCCGAAGUCGUAUCUAUUUCGGCCGAGCCGGUGAACAAAAACGCGCCCUACGGCGACGUCCGUGGCGACUCAGGUCGGCUAAGACUUCAUGGGAGGCUUGCGGCGGCCACCCUCAUCAAUCAUCCCACAGGAGACUCAAGGGACGAUCCAGAAAAUGUCUUUGAUAUAGCCAGUCCCCCGAGCUCACAGGGUGUUCUUGACUCAGGGGCGAAGCUCAUGAGUACCAGAAACAUCAGCUGUCAUCUUGAUUGCCUAGAUGAAGUAGACGUCAAGUCUGCAGGCUCCGGGGGGUACAUGGCACUGGAAAUCAAGAGAGUGCGCGGGUACUCUGCCGACUGGACUAUACUCGGACUGCUUCUACAGCCGGUCAAGAUGAAUGGGGGAGGUUCGUUGAACGGUGUGCCAGCUUACAAAAGAAUUGGCACGUUUGAGUUGGAGUUGGAGACUACAUUUGAUGACUUGGAUGACGAUCAGAGCCUUCAGAGCGAGGAGAAUUGCUUCUUCGACUUCAUCCAAUCACAAAUGAUAGAGAUACUUUGA